AAUGAAACACUCAUCUUCUUCCUUUACAAGAUUCGCUAUACGAAGGAGAGACAGCGUGUGUGUCAGGUGAAUUCAAACAAAGUAUCCCGCUCACAAAUUCAAAAUUUGAAUUUUGAAUUUUACGGACCGUUGCGGCCCUUUCAAAAACCCCCGGUUUCACUUGCCUCUUUCCAUUUCAAUCUCAUUCCAUUCCAGACACCAUCUCUGUGUCUUUCUCUCUCUUCCAAGUUCCAACGUCUUCUCUCCUCACUUCAACCAUGCCUCCCAAAAAACAACCCCUACAGACCAGCACCACCGUCAACAUCCAACCCUUACCUUCCGACAACCCACACAAAAUGCCUCCUGCCUCCGGAAAAACCAUUGAAGAAAUGUACCAGAAAAAAACUCAGCUAGAACACGUCCUCCUCCGACCCGAUACAUACAUCGGAUCCAUCGAAAAACACGAACAAUCCCUCUGGGUUUACGACACUUCCGGCGAAAUGGUUUACAGAACUGUGAGCUAUGUUCCUGGCCUGUACAAAAUAUUCGACGAAAUCCUCGUAAAUGCUGCCGAUAACAAGCAGAGAGAUCCGAAGAUGGAUCGGCUUGAAGUGGUGAUUGAUCAAGAAGAAAAUCUAAUCAGCGUUUACAACACUGGAGAUGGAAUUCCGGUGGAAAUGCAUAAAGAAGAAGGAGUUUUCGUGCCGGAGUUGAUUUUCGGGCAUUUGUUGACGAGUAGCAACUACGAUGAUAAUGAGAAGAAGACCACUGGUGGUAGGAAUGGUUAUGGUGCUAAGCUUACUAAUAUUUUCUCCACUGAGUUUAUUAUUGAGACUGCAGAUGGAAAGCGUCAAUUGAAGUAUAAACAGGUGUUUGGCAACAACAUGUCUCAAAAGGGAGUUCCUGUGACUCAAAAGUGCAAGACUACUGAGAAUUGGACCAAAGUAACGUUUAGGCCUGACUUGAGCAAGUUUCAGAUGACCCAUCUAGAAGAUGAUGUGGUCGCCUUGAUGAAGAAAAGAGUUGUGGACUUGGCGGGAUGCCUGGCUGCGUGUCCUGGUAAAAAAGUAAAAGUGACUUUAAACGGAGAAGAGAUUCAGGUGAAGUCGUUUCAUGACUAUGCUCAGCUGUAUCUGAAUUCUGUUGACCAGAAAGGAGACGAAUUACUACCCAGGAUUGACAAUAGCAGCAAAGAGGAUGUGAAUCCAAGGUGGCAGUUAUCUAUCAGUCGCAGUGAUGGACAGUUUCAACAGGUCAGCUUUGUGAACAACAUAAACACGAUCAAAGGUGGAACUCAUGUUGAUUACAUAACCGCCCAGAUAACCAAGUAUGUGGUUGAUGCUGUUAAGAAGAAGAAGAAAACUGCAAACAUCAAGCCACAUGUUGCGAAGAACCAUUUGUGGGUGUUUGUCAAUGCUCUUAUUGACAAUCCUGCGUUUGAUUCUCAGACAAAGGAAACCUUAACAACUCGCUCAAACAGUUUUGGGACUACUUGUCAACUUUCGGACAAGUUCCUGAAGAAUGUGGUGGAUAAAUCUGGUGUGGUGGAAAGCCUCAUUACAUGGGAUGAAUUCAAGACGAACAAAGAGCUCAAGAAAACUGAUGGAUCCAAGACUAGAAGGAUACUUGAUGUCCCAAAGCUAGAGGAUGCCAAUCAGGCUGGAGGUAGCAAAUCUCAUGAAUGCACUUUGAUUCUUACAGAAGGAGACUCAGCAAAAGCACUUGCUCUGGCUGGGAUCUCUGUUGUUGGCCGAGACUAUUAUGGUGUAUUUCCUCUGCGAGGCAAACUGCUUAAUGUAAGGGAAGCAAGUGCUAAGCAGAUCACAGAUAAUGCAGAGAUUAAUAAUAUCAAAAAGAUUCUCGGGCUCAAGCAGGGAGAAAAGUAUGACAAAGAUGACAGUAUCAAGUUAUUGCGAUAUGGUCAUCUAAUGAUUAUGGCAGAUCAGGAUCAUGAUGGUUCCCACAUUAAGGGGCUUAUUAUUAACUUCAUUCACACAUUCUGGCCUUCAUUGCUGAGGAACCCCUCCUUCAUGCUCGAGUUUAUAACGCCUAUAGUGAAGGCAACUCGUGGAAAGGCGAAGGAUAAACAGGUGAUAUCUUUCUAUACCAUGCCUGAGUAUGAAGAAUGGAUCAGAAGCAUGGGAAAUAAUCUGAAAAGUUGGACCGUCAAGUACUAUAAGGGGUUGGGAACUAGUGACGCAAAUGAGGGAAAGGAAUACUUUGCAAAUCUCAAGAGGCACAGGAAGAUUUUCAGCUGGGAGGAUGACAAUGAUGGCAGUGCUAUUGAGCUGGCCUUUAGUAAGAAGAAGAUCGAAGCUAGGAAGGAUUGGCUUCGUGAAGAUGAGACUGGAAAUUUCCUUGAUCAUACAAAAGAAAUAAUUAAGUACCGAGAUUUCGUCCACAAGGAGCUUAAACUGUUCUCCAGAGCCGACCUUCAAAGGUCAAUACCAUGCAUGGUUGAUGGACUGAAGCCAACACAAAGAAAAGUUCUUUUUGCUGCAUUCAAGAAGAACUUAGUGAAUGAGAUAAAAGUUUCUCAAUUCAGUGGUUACGUAUCUGAGAAAACAUCUUAUCAUCACGGUGAAACAAGCAUACAGAGCACAACUGUUGGCAUGGCACAGAAUUACGUUGGGGCCAAUAACAUUAAUCUUCUCACGCCCAGUGGACAGUUUGGAACGCGUAACUUGGGUGGAAAGGAUGCUGCCAGUGCCAGAUACAUUUUCACACGGCUUACCGAAAUCACCAGAUUCCUGUUUCCAAAGGAAGACGAUAUCCUGCUCAACUACUUGAAAGAAGAUGGCUUGACCAUUGAACCUGUUUGGUACAUGCCUGUUAUACCAACAGUUCUUGUCAAUGGAUCUGAAGGUAUUGGAACGGGCUGGAGUACAUUUAUUCCUAAUUAUAAUCCCAGAGACAUCAUAGCAAAUUUCAGGCGUUUGAUGAAUGACGAGCCUUUAGUUGUCAUGGAUCCUUGGUACAAUAAUUUCAAAGGAACUAUCCAAAGAACUGCAAUGAAAGAGACUGGAAUCACUUACACUGUUACUGGAAUUAUUGAGGUAGUCGAUGAAAGCAGUACAGAAGAUAACAAUGAAGACGUAACUCUUAGAAUCACUGAACUGCCAAUUCGGAAGUGGACCCAAGAUUACAAGGAGUUUUUGACUUCGCUUGCCAAGGAGGCGGAUAGGACAAAGGAACCAUUCAUCAAGGACUUUUUGGAUUACAGUACUAAUGACACAGUACAUUUUGAGAUAGUGUUAACAAAGAAGAACUAUAAUCUUGCCAAGCAGGAGGGCUUGUUAAAGAAGUUCAAGCUCACAACUACCCUCAGCACUAGUAACAUGCACCUCUUCGACGCAGAUAAUAAGAUUGUUAGAUACGAAUCCCCUGAAAAAAUUCUUGAGAAGUUCUAUGGUAUGAGGCUUGUAUACUAUACGAAAAGAAGGGAAGUAUACUUGGAGAUAUAUAAAGCUGAGUUGGUAAAGUUGGAUAAUCAGGUCAGGUUUAUCCUUGGAGUAGUUGAAGGAGAAAUUGUGGUGUGCAAAAGAAAGAAGGCUGAAUUGGUCAAUGAGUUGCGAGAGAGAGGAUUUAUUCCUAUCCACAAGAAAAAACCUGUUGAGUCACCUGAAGAUAGUGAAGAGACAGAGAACACGGAGGAUCACGCUGAGAAUCUAGCAUCUACUGAAACACAUUUGAGUGACUUUGAUUAUCUGUUGUCCAUGACAAUUGGAAACUUGACACAUGAGAAAGUGAAGGACCUUUGCGCCAACAAGGAUAGAGUCAUCAAACAAAUUGAGCAGUUAACAAAUGAAACUGAGAGGUCUUUGUGGUUGAAGGAUCUUGAUGCUCUUGAAAAGGCUCUUGAUGAGAAGGAUAAAAGAGAAGCGGAGGAGGCCAAAGAGUGCAUGAAAAGGGUUACUGCUUCUGGCAAAAAAGCUAAAAAGCCGCCCAAGAAUAACAGGAAUGUGAGCAAAGCAAAACCUAAACCUGUCAGUGGAUCAUCUGCUGCUGCAAUGGAUACAGAAUAUCAGCCAGAGGAAGUAAAGGGAAAAGGCAAGGCAGGUCCAGGGAAGGCUCUGGCUAAGAAGCAAGCAAAACCUCCUGUAGUCGAAAUUGAGGAAGAAGAGGAUGACAUUCCUCGUCCAAGGAAGGCUCCGGCUAAGAAGCAAGCAAAACCUCCUGUGGUGGAAAUUGAGGAAGAAGGGGAUGACAUUCCUGAUCUAAGACAACGGCUUGAAGCCUAUCGUUUGGGGGAUUCCUCUCCUGACAAAUCUGCUGAAAUGGAAAGUGAUGCACCAAAUAAGGCAGACAGCGAUGUUGAGGCUGAAAUAGCAAAGAAAGGAAGGGGUAGAGCUGCUGUAACAAAGAAGAGAGGAGCAGCGAAUAAGAAAUCUGAGGCAGGGCAAAAGUUGAUAACUGAAACAUCACCAGAACAGAAAGUGAGGAGGAUGAGGCCUUCCCCAUUCAACAAGAAAAGUGGGUCUGUUUUGAACAAAGGAGAGUCGUCAGACAACAGUAUAGAGAAUGCUGAUGUAUCCGCAUUUUCUUUGGAUAGCAUCAAUGAAGCCUUGCCGUCAAGGCCUAGACCUCAGCGCGCAAACAAGAAGCAGAUAACUUAUGUUCUGAGCGACUCUGAAAGCGACCAACCAUCAUCUGACAGUUUUUCUGAUGCAGCCGAUGAUAUUUCUGAUGAUGAUGAUUCUGAUGCUGAAUAGGCAGCAGGCAAUGCAUCUUUAGGAAAUUCAUAAGUUUGUCCAUUCAACUUUAUUCUUAUGUUGUUACUUUGGAAAAUAUGAUAGUUUUCCAACUGUAUGCCAAUUCAACUUUAGUCUUGUGUUGUUACUUAAUUGUCAAACAAUUGUUGUUAUACAAACCAAACCCUUGGAAGAUAUUUUUAUACAAACCAACUUUAGUCUUGAUGGGACCAAA